AUGUGCUCCUUCAAUUUCUAUGCCGUGUUCGCUGCACUCCUCGUCGCACCUGCCCUCGUCGGCGCCAGGGUGCCCGUUACACGCACUUCCAUGCGCGAGACAGCAGCCAAUCCUGCCGCUGUGGGCCUCGCGCCGCUCGCGCUCGCGCACAGAACCCCCUUGACGAACGCACAGCGUCUUGCACGUGGCCUCACGCCCAACCGCCCGCGCUUCAACCGUGCCGGCACCAUCCAGGUUACGGGUGCCGGUACGGGCACCCCUGCGUUCAUCUCGCGCGUCCCGAAUGCAUUUGGCGAGUACGCUGUCACCACUGACACGGCUGAUGCGCUCAUCGUGCAAUACACGGACUGCGCGGACGCCAGUGUGAUCGAUCUCGCGACGCUCAAUGGAAUUGCGGAUGUGCCGUACCUUGGCGCCAUCACGGGCUUCGCGACCGCGCUCCAAGACCUAAGAAGGGGCUCGUCCGCGUACGCGUAUAUCGGCGGCACGGAUCAAACGGCUCCCGGUGCCACUCCACAGGCCGUCUCGAACUCGUUCAUGGCCGCCACCGGCGACCAAGAAGAGGCGGAGAGCGCGUUGUGGACGCUUAACCGCACUACGGGCGCGCUUAGUGCGCAGUGGGUGAACAUCGAUGGCAGCAAGCCUGAGACGAUUAUCGUGUACUCGCCCGAAAACUUCCUGGUCAUCACGGGUGAUCCCACCAUCUUCGGCGCGUCGUUCGGCACAAGCCCCGUUGUGACACUUACCUUCGUUGCGGCAUGA